AUGCCCACAUCUCUCGUGUUUCGCUCACUCUUUUUGCUCUCGUGCUCUCGCUACCUCGUGAAUCCGCCUCCGGAUGGCUUGGAAGACCUCGUACGGGAGUGGUGGGAUCUCCUUAUUUUCUCGUAUAUGAACUACAACUACUUCACGCCCGGCGUCCUACACGACCAAGUCCUCGAGCUCUUCGACAGUCACUCGGAAACCAUCAAGGCCAGGUACCGUGAAAGGGAGCCGCCUACCACAGCUAGCCCGAUCACUGGUCAAGUGGCUUCUUCGCCGGACGCGCCUAUUGACACCGCAUCGUCGCAAGAGACCAAGAGAAAGCUCCACCCAACGAAACUGGAAACUCUCCAGAAGCCGCCUUCGGUCCCAUUCUAUCCGACUCCGGAUGUCGAAUCCUUGAGCCCCGCCUCUAAACGCGCCAACAGAGGUUGUGCCGCCCAUGACAGCACGACGCAGUACGCGCCCUCCUGGAACGGCGCACAUGGAUGCAAGUUCAAACCUGUAACGCCCGAGGAGCAGUGGCGUUUCGAUCACGCAUCUUUGCCGCCCUUCGUGAGGCUGCGUCAAAUGUUCGCUGCUACUCUUUCGAAGGGAGGACGCUGCGAGCUCAGUCGGUACAUCAACACCGCCGAGACCAUGGAAAGCCAGGGGGAGAAGGAAGUCCCGAAGGAUACUUUCGUCGUCCCCACCCAGAAGGUCGUCGAGAAGGUGUUACCCGUCUCCCCUGUGGACGAGUCUCAUGCUGAAAGUUUGGCAAAGGUCUCCAAGAGGAGGAAGCUUGCCAACGCGCAGCCUGGCGUAGACAACGCGACCCACGCUGAGCAAUAUAUCCAUUCAUCUGCUGUGCAUGAGUUGGAGGGCUACGAUGGGGGACGACAGCCUGCUCGGCGUACUGGCACCUACACCUUGACGAAGACGUUCGGGAAGCCGAUCAAGUUUUUCAACACCGUGGACCAGCUUUUGCGCGCCAUGAGUGAUGCUGUUUCAGGUCAUCAAGAUCUCUGGUUCGCCGGGGUUUUGCAUCGGGACAUUAGCCCGGGCAACAUCCUGAUCGUAGAGAACCCGGAAUACGAGGACCAAGUAGGUUGCCUCAUCGACCUGGAACACGGCAAGAUCUUCGAAAAAGAAUUCUUGCCGCUCCCUACCCCGUCCAAAGACGAGCAAGAAAUACAAAAACUGGUCGAUUAUUUCGAUCAUGACGAAGACCGACGGAUCACAUACGAGCAGGCUGCCGAUCUGUUGGGCCGAUACAGGGACAGGGGCGAGGUGUUGUACCAUGAACAAGGAGCACGCAACAAGUUCGAAGACACGCGCGCGCACCGAUGGCCAGAUAUCUAUAGCGAGCAAGCAGCCAGCGCGACGCGGACGGGAACGAAGGCGUUCAUGAGUGGCGAAAUGUUGGAGAGCAUUCGGUAUCCACGCCUCAGUGACGUAUCGAAAAACGCUCCUCAUGAUGUCAUCCACGAUAUCGAAUCCUUUUUCUGGGUCCUCGUCUACCUCGCCAUCACUCGACGGGGUUCUGGCGGACAUCGCCGCCCUGAGUUGCUUCGCGACGACCGCUCCCCGGAAGUGCUGAAGGUCCAGAACACAGCUUACGCUCUGUUCGAUUCACCCAACCCACUCAUGCUCCACAUCAACAAACUGAUAUUAUUCCAGAAUCCGAAGCAGUUCACCGGAUAUAUCAUCCCUCAAGUUACCCCGGCGCUGAGCAGCUUGAAGAAACUCAUUCAGCAAUGGUGGCAACUCCUUGUACUCUCUUACGCGCUCUACGAUCGCUAUACUCCCGGAGUCAUACACGAUCAAGUUCUCGCUCUCCUCGACGAGGCUAUUGCCGAAAUCGCUGCGUCGCCUGGGGGAAAUGAAGACCCUGGAGUCCCAGCCGCAACCCAAUCCCCGAGCCCUAUGCCGAAGAGGAUGAAGACCAAGGUCGGGGGAGACGACAUGGACGAGGACGAAGAGGGGGACGAGAACGAGAACAUGGGUGGAGAGAGUGUGGACAAGGGCGAGGGCGAUGAUGAUAGCGAGGACGAUGAUGAUAGCGAGGACGAUGAUGAUAGCAAGGACGAUGAUGACGACGACAAUGAUGAUGACGACGACGACGAGAAGGGCGGUGGCUAG